GUGACGCUGUUUACUGUCUCUUUCAGGCUGUAUGUGACGAGGACACAAUGUCUUGUACCCGCAUGGGGAUGUCGGAUUUGCCCGAUGAGAUCCUUACUGUGCAUCCUCCGCUACGUUCCAGUGUGUGACCUGCUGCUGAAUGUGGCAAACGUCUGCCAUAAGUUACACACACUGUGCCAUGACAAGACCCUGCUCACAAAUGUCAACCUGUCUGAAGAGUAUCAGACUGAAGACCUGUUGUUUCGGCGGGUACUGAAGCAGCUAGCUAACCAUGUGCAGUCUCUCAGCCUGAAUGGUUGCUACUGGCUGUCUGGUUCUACCCUGGAUCAUCUUGCACGCUGCAGAGGAGUGACCGACCUUGAUGUCAUGGGAUGUCGCCUCACUCCCCUUCGCUUGUCCCGGCUCCUCUCCUCCCUGUCUUUACUCAAAUCACUUGCUUUUGAUGUGACGGCUGACUUCAACUCGCUUUUGCUCAGUUCAGAGGCUGUGGACACCCUGAGCCGCCUGUCAGAGCUCAGACAGACUCUCUUCACACCAAGCUAUGGUGUGGUUCCAUGCUGUUCCCAACUCCGCAAGCUGAUGCUGCAGUUUGACAUCCCAGAUGUGACCAGAGAAGGUGUUGGCGUUUGCUGUCAGUUAAUGGUUGGCCAGAGCAGUGUUCCACAUUACCAGCAGCUGGAGGAGUUUACUGCCAGGCUGGCCCCAGGAGAGGUAAACCAGACCUUGCUCCUUCUCUACCUGGCAGUGUUCAGUGUUCACGUUCCAAAGCGUCUCCGAGUUUUCAUCGUGUCAAUUCCUGGUCCAAACCCCGCUCACUGGCCGGCUGCUCCCUCGCUGGCUCAGAGCUUGGGCCAACACGGUGACCUGGUGGCGCUGCAGCUCCCUCGGUCCUGGUUAGAUUCUUUGUCACUAAAGCGAGCUCUGGAGGGAAACAGCCCCAGGCACCUCAGCUUCAGCCGCUGCCCAGCAUUGUGGCCUCAGGUGUUCCGGUCGCUGCUGGAAGGUGGAGUCAGAGAUGGCACGCAGCUGAUCAGCCUGAACCUCAGUGGAAUCAACCAUGUUCCGUACUCAGAGUGCAGGAGUGUGGAAGAUCAGCUGGUUGCUGGGACGAUGAGGCAGCUGGCAGUUGGCUGCUCCAACAUUAAUCACCUAAACCUGAUGCACACACACUAUCAUCAUGAAAACUCACCUGGGCUGGAUGGGGAAUCACACCUGUGUGCCAGCUUGGCCAAAUUGAGACACCUGUGCUCUCUCACACUGCCUGCCUGCGCUCUGUCAGAUGGCUUAAACAUGAAUCACAUCUCCACACACAACACACCUCCCUCUCCGCUGUUCCAGGGGUUAAAGAAAGUUCCACGUGUAGGGAUCCGGAAUUACAAGCCUGAUAUAGAGUCUUCUCUGUCGGGUGACAGCACCUCAGGGCUCGCUCUGCUCUUAGCUGGCUGCCCUUUUUUAGAGACCUUUGAGCUCAUCGGUCCGGGUUUUGCCUCUUUGCUGCCUCGACUUGAGCCUUGCUCUCGUGCCAGUGUGGAGCCUCGUGGUAUGUGUGCGUGGGCACGAGGCGUGGGCGACGCGCACAUAGCAGCACUCGAAGCUUUGCCUCGAUUGCAUCGUCUGACUCUUGCUGGACUUCCUGGGGUGCUCAGGGGAACGGGCCUGGUACAGAUGGCCAGGCACUGCAGAGACCUGCGGGUUUUAUCUCUCGCCAAUCUGGGAUCACUGAAAAUCAUGAACUACACUCCUACCUUGCUGGACAUGCUGAAACACUGCACACAGCUACAGGAACUCAGGUUAGAGCAGCCCUACCUGAAUGCCAACACCUCGUUCUUUGAGGCUCUGUCCUGCUGCUCUCGUCUCCAGCGUGUCUGCCUGAUCUCACGUAGCGGCACCUUCGACCCAUCAGCCGUAGAAACCUUCAUGGAGCGUUGCUGCCAUGUCAUCAUGUGCCACAUAUUCAUGGGCGGCACCUUAGUGGCUUGUCGGACACUGGAGAAAGUACUGCUGGACAGAUUUUCUGGUGGGCGCUCGGCUCUCAGCGUGGUCAUCUAUCCGCUACAACAUGAAGACCUUCCUUCAGUCAUCAGAGAUAUUCCACUAACACUUCUGGAUCGGAUAACUCUGUUUCAGAGCCACGUGGCUCAACCACCACAUUUAUCACCAUUGUGACAUCCCCAGAAAGCUUUGGUGUGAUUGGUGCUCAGCAGAUGAGGUGCUCAGACAGUUUGUUUUUUCUUGCAGGAAAUAAAGUUCACAAAUGAAAGAGACUGACUGACUGAUUGUCAACUGUAUUUAGAUUUUUCAGUGUGUCAUCCGCAACAGUUACAGAUUGCUCUACAAUGAUACAUCAACUAUGAUUGUUUACAUUUACAUGACAGUAGUGACGGUUUUUAAAGGGAAACUUCCUCGCUCAGGCUGACAGUGUUUAACUUUCUUGUUUCAGGGGCCUUGGUUGUCGUACAUCGUUUAUGUUACUAAAUAACUCAGUUAUAUAAGAAAGAAGUGCCAAAUAUAUGAAUUGCGUAUUUGUCCUAAAACUUUGUACCUGAGGCUAUCAUUUGAAGGAAAUUGUAAUAAACUAUUUAAAUUAUUUUAAA